AUGUCGCUGAGCAUGCAGGGUUCCGGAAGAGAGUCCUGGGAAAGCUCUCCGUGUAUGGACAUGCGCGAUCGCUGCUCGCGCGAGCCAGCCGCCCAUCCCAGUAAGAGAUCCCACCCCCUGCGGUCCCGAUUGUCCCGCCUUUCGCACCGGGUGCGCCACGGCCUGAGUUCUGAGAAGUUUUGCCCUGGUCCAGGAUCUAUCGAGCAGGAUGCUGAACGCUCCUCGGACAGGCGUGCCCUCGAGGAUGCCCUCCUCAACAACCCAGAGGCCCAGUCUGUCCUGCAGGAAGGCGAGUUUGGCCGCGUGGAUCCUACGGGCUGGUUCCCCCACUACAAGCGCUGCGUGCAGUUUUUCGUCACAACCAGUCAGCAUUCACCCAUAGUUCAGUCCAUUGCUGCGUUCAUCAACAUCCGACUGCCCUGUCACCAGGACAUGGGCCUUGUAGUUGCCGGUGCACAUCCCCGUCCCGCCGCACCGGCGCCGUUUGUUUCUCUCAGGCCGUAUAUUAGGCGCCUGAUUGUCACCGCACAAGACUCGCCUGCUGUUCUACAAUCUUUCUUCGGGGAUGGUUGGGAGGCCGGCGUGGGCUGCAUUUACAAGCAAGAGCGAGUGAACUUCCUCUUCACGGCCAAGAGCAGCGGGUGGGCCUCGACCAAGGCAGCCUACGACAUCUUGCCUGAUGAGCAAGCACCCUUCCUACGUCCACUGCGGGACCCGUCGGAAGAUGAGAUCAGGGCAGCCGAGGCGCGGUGGAGUGAAUGGCUGGCAAUGGAGGAUUGGAUGGUGGGGGCGCGCAGUCCCUGGUAG